AUGACAGCAGCUAGUCAAUCAUACUCACUCAGAGCCCAAAAUCGUCAGUGGCGUAUUGAGAUUCCCGAAUUCAACAAUCGCGAAGACGAACUGAAAUCACAGUACUUUCAAUUCGGCUACUAUGUACCCCUGGAGCGACGGUGGCAGAGCUACCAGCGACAUCGCUCCCUUCCACCAUGUACACUUCGCGACGCCAUCGAUAUCCAGCGCGAAAACGAUUAUAUCCAACUCAAACACAGUCAAGACAAGUGCAAGAGUAUGCACUCGAUUCUUUCAAUCGUCGUGAGUGCCGACCACCGAUUCCCGACUGUUGCAGAUCAAAUCCUUCUUUCUGUAAUGGAAUACUGCCCUAACUACAAAUAUAACUUACUUUGUGCUCUUUAA